UUUCCUCAAACCUCCCCUAACCAAACACCCCUAUAGUCUUUAAGCUCCAUAGAUUCCGUACUAUUUUAGGCUCAUGUUUCAUGUAGUCUUGUAUUUCGCAACUAGGCCCUAUAAAACACCAGACUCGGCCCUGCCUAAACAGAAGUAUUAGACAAAAAUAUUGAUUAAGUGAAAUUGCUCUUUCAAUCUAGGCAUCAAGUUGCAACCCUUUAUGCAACUCUAACAUUGCAUUAUCAUGGCGGCUGGUAUUCGAAUCAUGAACAAAUACAGAUUAGUAGAUAAUGAAAUAUAUGUUCCAGUGAAGUUCCAUCUAAGAUUCCAUCUUAACAUAUUUGAAAUUUAUAUUCACAACCCUGUAAUAUAAAAAGAAUUUCAUGUGUAUGGAAAGGCUAAAGCUCACAUCCAUACAAAGAAAGGGAAACUACUCCCACUAGAACAGCUAAGAUGGGUCAUGAUAGACGACUAAAAAGCAGGUUAAAGUGGGAUUGGAAUUCAUUUUUAUUCUAUACAUGUGCUUCUAUUCAUUCAUAUUUCCUAAUUAUUUACUUUAGAUGAAUUGACUGCCAAAAUUGUUUGAAGUUCCGUACAUCAUUUCACCCUUGUUUUAUAUUUCAUUUCACGCCGGCAUUCAUAUAGAGUUACAUGGAGCACACAUACAAUUUAAACAUCAUUAGGAUGAUGAUCUCUAGUAUCUUCAUUAGCAUCCUUUUUCCUUUCAUGACCUUCAUCAUCUUGUUAGUUGUUCCUCUGUCAAACGGCGAGGAUGCAAAGUAUGCAGCUUGCUCGAGUCUAUACUCGUGUGGAAAGAUCCAAAACAUAGGGUAUCCGUUUUGGGGAGGGGAUAGCAGGCCUGAUUUCUGUGGGAUUACAGACUUUAAGCUUAACUGUCUUGCUGGUGCUGAACUCCCCACAAUGAAUGUUUAUAAUAAUGGAUACUUGGGAUUAAGUGUUCUUGGCGUCAAUACAUCUUCACACACCAUGGAUAUUUCUCGAGUUAAGCUGCUGGAAAGCUGUUAUUUGCAAGAUAUUAGCAAAAUAACUCUGCUUUCCUCAUUAAAGUUAGACAGCAGAUACAGUGCAAUAAGCUUGUUUUAUGGUUGCGCUGAUUGUGUCUCUGGAUACAACUCGAAAUCCUUCACUUGCACUAACUCUAAUGAUCAUACUACUGGUUCUGCUUAUUACUUUGAAGACCAAUCAGACAUCAGUAAGAUGGGUAAGUCGUGUUCGUGUAUGAACAAUGUUACUAUUCCGGUGGACAAGAGUCGGAUAGAUGAGCUUAGAAACACAAACGCCUCGCUUUGGAGUAUCUUGACAAAUUGGCCAGUUGAGAUGGAGUACAUGGUGAACUUCACAGCUUGUUCCAAGUGUGAAGAGUCUGGCGGCAGAUGUGGAUCGUCAGAUGCUGUUCCAUUUUCUGAACAGUUCGUGUGUUAUUGCCAAGAUGGACCUCAUCAAUUGGAGUGCUCUCAUUCAGGUGGACGAAGAAGAUCAAUAAUCCUUGGAUCGGGUUUAGCUGCUUUAGUAUUAGGGACGGUGAUGUUGAUUGCUGUGUUCAUCUUUUCCUAUAGAAGACGAGGUACCGACAACUUUCCCUUUCAAUGGAGUAGAAAAAUAGCCAGGGAUCAAAAUGUGGCAGCCUUCUUGAAAAGUUAUGGAUCCCUUGCUCCGAAAGGAUAUACAUAUUCAGAAAUAAGGAAAAUGACGAAUUCCUUCAAGGAUAAACUCGGUGAAGGAGGUUAUGGUAUUGUUUACAAAGGGAGGCUAAAUGACGGUCGUUUUGUGGCGGUGAAGAAAUUAAAGAUCUUAGAAGGUGAUGGAAAAGAAGUCAUCAGUGAGGUAUUAAGCAUAAGCAGAACUAACCAUGUCAACAUCGUUACUCUUUUAGGCUUUUGUUUUGAAGGAGACAAAAGAGCUCUUGUGUUUGAGUUCUUGCCUAAUGGAUCUCUUGACAAGUAUAUAUAUGGUAAAGAGAUAGAGCAAUCAUUGGAACUUGAAACUAUGUUCAACAUUGCGGUUGGUAUUGCUAGAGGACUAGAUUACCUACAUAGAGGUUGUAAUACACAAAUAUUACACUUUGACAUUAAGCCUCAUAAUAUUCUUCUUGAUGAAGAAUUCCGGCCUAAGAUUUCUGAUUUCGGCCUUGCUAGAUUGUGUCCACCGAUGAAUAGUAUUAUAUCAAUGUCGGUUGCAAGAGGGACAAUCGGGUACAUUGCUCCAGAAGUUUUUUGUAGAUAUUAUGGCAGCGUUUCCCAUAAAUCAGAUGUUUAUAGCUACGGGAUGAUGCUGUUGGACCUAGUAUGUGGCAGAAAUACCAUAGCGUAUGAUGCUCAACAGAACAGUGAAAUGUGUUUUCCGGAGUGGAUAUAUAAUCGACUUGAGGCCGUGGAGGAAGUUGCAGUUAACCGGAUUUUGAAUGACGAUAAAAAGGAGAUAGAGAGAAAGAUGAUUUUAGUGAGCUUAUGGUGCAUACAGACUUAUCCGGCAAACCGGCCACCUAUGAAUAGAGUUGUAGAAAUGCUAGAAGGCUCAUCAAAGUCAUUACAAUUGCCCCCCAAGCCAAAUCUAUCUUCUCCUACAAGAUCCAUGUUCGAUUCCUUGCCUAUGAUCACCAUGUCCACUUGAUAUCAGGUUUUUCUUAUAAUCCUUUUGCUAAUCUUAAAGCCUUUUAGCUUUAUUCAAAAACUAUAGGCUGAACUUGUUAUGUUUCUUCAAUAUUUAUUACAUCACAAUGAGAAUAUGUCAAUGUGUCAUUUGACCAUGGGAUUUGAUUUUGUAACAUUCCUCUUUUUUUUUAAGGUUGUUAAUCACUUAAUCCCCUGUCGCUUUUUGUUUA